CGCCCUAAGAAAAGUCACAAAGCGAAGAAAUAAAACAUUCUAGCAUUCCUAUCCCCCUAUGUGACGUAGAGGCGGUGAGGAAAUGAAGUAGGUGGAGAAAUCCUUGAGUGAGACGGCGGCAGGAGGGUGGCAGCGCGGCGAGGCAGAGGGAGAACUGAAGGCGCUCGCUCAGUCAGUCGCGUGCUUACCGCCGUACAGUCAAGACAUCCAGUGCCCCGCGACCUCCGCUGCCGCCACGACCACUCGAUCUUCCAACUUUCCUGGCGUCUCUAGAAAGAUUAAAGUGCAUUCUCGUAAACCAGGGGAGUGAUAAAGGUCACUAACACAAACACACACUGAUAUAAAAGAAACAUAUCCAGCGACACUCAAACAUACGUAUAAGUCCAGGAAGAAUAACAAAACUAAACAGCAAUCAAGCAACGUAAUAAAGUGAACAUUAUCGUGAGCACCAAAACACAGAGAAAAAGAGACGUACGUAACUAACAUUGAAAUACACAUGAAAACUCUUUAAAUCAUUCUCAGAAACAUAAAAUAGAUACAAAAGCAAGGAAGCCAAGAAAGUAAAACAUAUAACCAAUAAUAGUGAAACAUACACGAAUGAAGUGAACUAGGCAACCAACUAAACUGAACACCGGUUAUCAAAAUACAAAAAAAAAAAAAAAAACAAGCUAACCAGACAGUGAGAAAUAGGGCCGCAGCAAACACUGGAAAUAGAACAAGUACAGUCAAGACGUGGUGGCGAAUAACACACUGUUGAAAGAAACACGGAUAGAUUUGUGUGUUUGCCGAUCACAGAGAAAAGGAUGAGAGAAGAGUGAGAAAGAAAAACAAACUCUACGGCGUUCCCAAAGUGAUAUUCUUCGCCCAUCUCUUAAUCCUCUCCCUCUGUACCACGUCUCCCCUCACUUCUCACUCUGCGCACACAAGGAAAGCUAUCCCACGUCUUCCUUCCUACUUCAGUCCUUCACCUACGGGCACCACUGAGAGUACUUCGUCAUGGACCCUGCCAGGAUACUCCAAAUCAUCACUAAUAGUACAUGGAUGGUGACCCAGUUGGUGGGGAGCGACCCGGUGGAAUUCGAGCAGCCGGAAUAUGAGGUGACAGUCCCAGAGAACACGCGCGUGGACCACCUGCUGCGGCUGUCUGCCAGGGUGGUGGCGGCGGGCAGCGACUCAGUGCGGUACAGCAUCCGGGAAGGGAACGAGGAGGGACACUUCCACAUCACCCCCUCCACCGGCAACCUUUCCCUCAGGCGACCCCUUGACUACGAGCUGCGGCAACAGUAUGAGCUGUUGGUGGAGGCGUUGGCUGGCGAAGCAAGAGGUGAGGCGCGCGUGGUUGUGAAGGUGGAGGACCAGAACGACCACGCCCCGGUGUUCCUGAGGGCGCUGCACGAAACGCAGAUCACAGAGGAGGACAACAGACACCUGCCCAAGGUCAUACUCAAGCAAGUGACGGCGGUGGACGGUGACGCGGGUCGGUUUGGGAGUCUGCAGUAUACCAUUUCUGGGGACGGCAUCUUCACUAAUGGGUCGCGGCCUUGCUUCUCCCUGGACACCACCUCGGGCACCGUGUUGCUGCUGCGGCCUCUGGACCGCGACCCUCCCCACGGGCGGGCUCAGUGGCGCCUACGGGUGACGGCAACGGACGGAGAGCUUGAGGCACACACCGACGUUCGUGUUAAUUUGAAGGACGCCAACGACAACGCACCCUUCUUCCCCUCUCGCACCAUAACUGCCACUGUCUCUGAAAACAUCCCCGUUGGAUCCUCGGUGACGCACGUGACGGCUACAGACUAUGACGACCCCGAGGAGGGAGACAACGCCAAGGUGUCGUUCUCGCUGGAGAAGAACGCGGUUGACGAGUCUACCGGCAGAUCCAUCUUUGUCAUCGACAGCGAGCUCGGAGUGAUCACCACGGCGUUGUGCUGCCUCGACCGGGAGAAGACUCAACGCUACGUCCUGCAGGUGGUGGCGACGGAUGGCGGCGGUCUGAAAGGCACAGGAACGGUGGUGGUGGACAUAAAGGACGUGAAUGACGUACCGCCGAGGUUCUCGCGGUCUGAAUGGACGCUGGACGUGUCUGAGAGCCUUGGCCCAGACCAUGUACUGGCAACACUCACCGUCGUGGAUCCAGACGCCACCAACGACUUCGCCUUCAGGGUGGUGCCGGGCAGUGGGCGAGGCUGGCAGAUGUUCCGCGUAGAGGAAGGGGCGGGAACGGUGCCGACUGGAAACCUCAUGUCCGUGGAACCGCUUGACUACGAAGACCCCGACCACCGACAGGGCUUCACCUUUAGAGUUCAGGUCACGGACAGGGGGGAGGAGGGGUGGGGGCGCCGGCAGCACGUGGCGGAGACCUGGGUGAGGCUGAGGCUUCUGGAUGAGAACGACAACGACCCUGUGUUCAGUGAGGACCUCACGCGUCUGGUUCUGCCCGAGGACACCCCCAGGGGAUCCUUCCUCUCCUCCUUCACGGCCCUCGAUCCGGACAAGGGCGGACAGAGCCAGGUCCGAUACGAGGUGGAUCCGGCCAGCGAUCCCAGCCACCAGUUUGUCGUGGACGAGGCUGGAGCAGUGCGUCUGGUGGGCAGACUGGACCGAGAGGCGGCGGACACCCAUAGUGUGCUGGUGUGGGCGGUAGACGAUGGGGAGCCACCGAGGACCGCCACCGCCACCCUUGCAAUAAACGUGACAGAUGUGAAUGACAACCCGCCGUUCCUGUUGGAGCCUCGCGAGGUGAGCGUGACGGAGAACAGCGAGGCUCAGCUGGUCGCACGGGUCAAGCUAGGUGACCCCGACGACUGGCGGCAGGGUCACGGGCCACCCUUCACCAUCUCCCUGGACCCCCGUGCGCUGCCCCAUGUCACCGACAACGUCAGAGUUACGCUGGACAAGAGAGGGGACGACGGGCGGGGCGUGGGCGUGGUGUGGACACGGGCGGUGCUGGACCGAGAGGAGCGUUCUACCAUGCUUGUACCCCUGGUGGUCGGUGACGCCGGGUGGCCGUCUCUCACCGCCACCGUCACCCUCACCAUGCACGUAGUAGACCUCAACGAUAACCCCAUGGCGCCCGCCGCCAAGACCGUCACCGUGCACACCAUGCAGCACCGGGGAUCUGCAGUGCCCUUGGGACGCGUGUACGUUCGAGACCCCGACGACUGGGAUGACGUCGGCAAAACCUUCGCCUGGAAAGACCCACAAGCCGGAUUUUUCCUCGACACUUCCAGCGGCCACCUGACCAUGGCUCCCUCCACCCCGGAUGGCAGGUACCACCUGAGAUUCCUGGUGAGUGACAGCAACCAAGGGCAGAGGAACGUGGAGGCCAAUGUGACAGUCCAUGUGAGACUCUUGAACAGGAACGAAGUGGUCCACGCGUGCCCGGUAACGUUGGCGGCUGGGAGUCACAGCGUGGUGAGGCACGAUACCAAGGAGGGAGUGUCUAUGCUGAGUCGCCUGAUCGCCGCCGUACGACCGCUGGUGGGCGGAGCAGACACGGCGGUGCGGGUGGUGACCGUGCAGCCCCUGGAGGACGCAGGCGCCCCGGCCACGCGGGUCUGGCUAUCGGCCGUGGGAAUUGCCAAUUUUGAUUACAUCUUAUUGUAUCAUAUAAAACAACUGAGCGAGGCUUUAAGUAUCGGCAUAAAAGUGGGCGAGGUCACCUGCAGUGAAAGCGCCACACCCACACCGGAAGUGACGGCAGAGGAGAGGUGUGUCGGCGGAUGCUGGGUGGGCUUUGCUGACGACUUCAGUGUGGUGGAUGCCUUCUCCUCGGCGGUGGUGGGGCCACAUGUGGUGGUGCGGGGCCCUUGUGGCUGCACGACUGCCGCCACGCCUCAACAGGCCGCCUCCUGCUCCCCUGACACGUGUCUUAACGGGGGCAGGUGUCUCGCCACAUCCUCAGGCGUUAGGUGCAUCUGUCCUUAUGGCACGUGGGGUUCCCGCUGCAAGGUCCUCUCCAGGCACUUUGAGGCCAGCGGUGGGAGGAAGGGGACUGGUAUCGGGGCCACCACAGAUAGUGCCUGGGCGUGGGUACCGCCUAUCCCACCCUGUGCCGAGGUACAUCUGAGCUUGGAGGUUCUGAGCACAGCGAAGACAGCAACACUGCUCUAUUCUGGCCCACAAGAAGGUUCCGACCAUGGCGCAGGUGUGCGUGAUCUACUACUGCUGGAGCUGCGUCAGGGACGGCCAAUGUUACUGCUAAACCUUGGCGAUGGCCCGAUCACUCUGAACCUGGAUGCCUCUCCUUCCAUGGCCGACAACACGUGGCACAGGAUAGACCUCAUCUGGAGGGAUGAGGUGGUGGAGAUGAUCGUGGAUCUGUGUUUAGGAAGUAGCUGGGAUGAAUCACCUGUGCCUUCUUUGGGACCUGCCCUUAACCAGUCGUCCGCACCUCUCCGUCCAGACACACACACUUGUAGAAGUGUUACUAAACUGCCAGGGAGUGCCCGUGUCCUUAAUACAAGUGGGGUGCUUCAGGUGGGCGGCUUGGUGCCUACAAAAGUAGUGAGUGAUGAUGCAAAGCUGCCACGCCCGCCACACUUCCGCGGCUGCAUCAGAAACAUCAGAGUCAAUGGCAAGUUGAUUGACCUGGGCAGCAGUGUACUGGGUCAGGCCAGCACUCCAGGAUGCCCCGCCGCAGACUGUCUUGCCAACCAUGUCGUGUGCGGAGUGCAUGGCAGGUGUCGAGGGUCGCCGGGGUCACUGCAGUGCGAGUGCCAGCAGGGAUGGGGCGGGCCGGGCUGUGCCUUGCCCACCACGCCCGUCACUUUCUUCCCCAACAGUUACGUCAAGCUGGCUCUCUCAUUCUCUCCCCUGGCCUACACCACCUCUAUCACUCUCAGGUUCCGCACCGUGAGGAGGAGAGGCGAGCUGGUAGUGCUGUCAUCACAGCAUGGCCGGGACAGCUGGUCUGUGCAGCUGGUGGGUGGUCGCCUGUGUGCGGUGCUGCGCCUCCACCCACGACUCCCAGUUUCCACAUGUCUCUCGCGGGUCGUCCUCACCGACGGGCGCUGGCAUUCCCUUGCUGCCACCAGGUUUGGCUCGUCAAUCUUUCUGGUGGUGGACGACGGGGAUGGUGAUCUGCACAACGCCUCGCUGUUGCUGGAGGGACAACAAUUCCUGGAGGUGGACAAACAAGAGGGCGUCUACGUGGGAGGGUCUCCUCACUUUCAGAAUGCUGGAUUUCUCAGUAUCCAAGGAGAUUUCUUUGAUGGCUGCAUCGACGACCUGCGCAUCUCAGGCUGCAGUGUGCCGCUACCGCCUGCUGUCAACAGCACGAUAUGGGGCCAGGCAAGCGCCUUCAAGGGAGUGCAGGAAGGCUGCAUUGCUGCGCCAUCUUGCACCAAUGUGUCCUGCACACCACCACUAUCUUGCGUCGAUACCUGGAGGUCCUACCACUGUGGGUGUGGCGAGGGCCGCGUGUUGGGCAGGAGUCGCAUGGCGUGUGAGGAUGAGGAUGAGUGUGCGUGGCGGCCGUGUCUCAGCGGCGGCUCGUGCUUCAACACUCAGCCAGGUUACGUGUGUUCCUGCCCAGCUGGGUUCAAAGGACAACACUGCCAGCUGCCCGAGGUGGGACACACUUCCCUCCAGCUGCCCAUGGGGGUUCUGGUGACCAUAGCAGUGUGGUGCACCUUCUUGAUGUUGUUGUUGUGUGCAUUUUUGCUACAUCGUCGCACUGCGCUGCGCAGGAAUCUGGCAGAAACUAAAGGCCACACGACAGACUGUAAAGAUGAGUCAUUGACCACGCAUAGCCAAACAUCUAAUCUGAUGGAAUUACAGCUAUUGAAGCCGCCGCCAGCCAACGGCCAGCCCGCCUGGACCAGGAACCCCAACAUAGCUGACGUGGACGUGUUGCGGGUGGAUGCAGUAACGCCGGUCAGCCACAGGGAGGAGGCGAGUGAGGGCGGCAACAGUGUAGGGACUUCGCCACAGCUGCGAGAGAACGCCCAGGGUGGGAAAAGGAGGAGGAUCAACAAAGGCAAGCAUGAGAAUACGCCACCUACAGGAGAUGACCUGAGAAACUAUGCUUACGAGGGUGAAGGUUCCUCCCCAGGAUCUCUCUCUUCUUGUGAGUGUUCGGCGAAGGAGAGAUGACGGGUGCUGCAGUUUGAAUCGCCCUGGCGUGGAAUGGCCGUGAGGAGCGGCGGUCAGUCCACCUGUGGCGAGGCCUUCCCGCCGGGGAUGCCAUCUUAACAUGGCCAUUGACCAGUCGGCGGAUGGCGAUGAAUCCUGCUCAUGCAAAUAAAGGAUAAUGGACUUAAGAGACUUAAUGUAUAUUGAUAUGACACACGGCCAAUGGUAGCAGCCUGCGCGUCCACUCUAUAGCUGCGGCAUGAUCUUUCCUGGUUGAAGUGUCUCCCAGCGAGUGUAAUGCAGCCUCAGUUCCAAAUCCAGCGGGCUGCUGACCAUCCUGCCCGGCCAGUACGUUGUGUCCUCGCUGUCCUCGUGGUCGCCAUGCCAGGCGGGUUGCUCAGGAUACAUCAGAAGCAGACAUCGUCUGAUGUUGCGGAACCUGGAAAGCAGCACUUGACACUGGAGAGGAAAGACAACAGCGUGCAAGGAGUUGAACCAGCUUUGGGACAACUCUCGUCUGUGUCUAUUGAGCUGCACGGUGCUCUGUGUCUGGGAUUGGAGUGCUCUACUCAAUCCAGCAACGAAUCCAAGUGUCUGGCAGCAAUCCUGUCCAUAUUCCCACAUUCGCGGUCUCUUACCAAGAUUAAGUAAUCCAGCCAGGUGAGGCUCCCGAGCCUCGAGGAUUCUUGCAUCUUCUGA